CUGGUUUCCUGCGCUCCCUGCUCCCCGGGGACGUUCUCUGUUCAUUCCUUUUGCCGCCGAGGAUGCUUCGUUGAAAGGAUGCUGGAUGCCAGGAGGAGGAGGAGGAGGAGAGGAAGCAGCGGUGGGUUCUUUGGCGGGCAUUGAGCGCCCCGGGAUCCCCCCCUUCCUCACACACUCUCUCCUCCCUCCCCCUCUUUUUCGGGAGGGGGGGCAAAACACUUCGCGAUUUCCAUUAAAUUCUUUUUACGCUAACCUUGGAUCGACACCAAAGGAAAUUGUACGUUGCCCUGUUUUCCCCCUGGAGAGGGUGACUGGUCGAGGCUACGCGCCCCUCCUCGCCUCGCCUCGCCUCGCCUUCCCCCCGCCCUACCUCCCUUCCUCCAUGGUGGUGGCAGUGGAGAUGUGGAGAUUCCAGGCGGACAGACUGAGUGGAUUUGUCUCGGCUCUAGCGGCUCUUUGUCUCGCCUGCUGUGCCCAAAGCCCAUCCACUGGGAAUAUUUCGGUGGUGAAGGAGAUUGUGGACAAACUGCUGAAAGGGUACGAUGUCCGCCUCCGGCCUGACUUUGGAGGUAACCCUGUUACAGUGGGAAUGAGCAUCCACAUUUCAAGCAUUGAUCAGAUUUCAGAAGUCAACAUGGAUUACACCAUCACCAUGUACUUCCAGCAAAGCUGGCGAGACAAGCGCUUGGCCUACACUGACCUGCCUCUCAACCUCACCUUGGAUAACCGUGUGGCUGAUCAGCUCUGGCUUCCUGACACCUAUUUCCUGAAUGACAAGAAGUCCUUCCUGCACGGAGUGACAGUGAAGAACCGGAUGAUCCGCUUGCACCCGGACGGCACUGUCCUCUAUGGCCUGAGAAUCACCACCACUGCUGCUUGCAUGAUGGAUCUGAGGAGGUACCCCCUUGACCAGCAGAACUGCACCCUGGAAAUUGAAAGCUAUGGCUACACCGUGGAUGACAUUGUGUUCUUCUGGCAAGGGAAUAACUCUGCGGUCACAGGGAUGAACCAGCUGGAGCUGCCCCAGUUCACGAUAAUUGAGCAGCGGCUGGUCACCAGAGAGGUUGUUUUCACCACAGGAUCCUACCUUCGACUGUCCCUCAGUUUCCGGAUCAAAAGAAACAUUGGUUACUUCAUCCUGCAGACAUAUAUGCCUUCUAUCCUCAUCACUAUCCUCUCCUGGGUCUCUUUUUGGAUCAAUUAUGAUGCUUCUGCAGCCCGUGUUGCUCUAGGGGUCACUACUGUGCUCACCAUGACCACGAUCAACACCCACCUGCGGGAGACCCUCCCCAAGAUCCCCUACGUCAAAGCCAUCGAUGUCUAUCUCAUGGGCUGCUUUGUCUUUGUGUUCCUGGCACUCCUGGAGUAUGCAUUUGUCAACUACAUUUUUUUCGGCCGAGGCCCCCGUCAGCAGAAGAAACAAAGUGAACGUAUCAACAGGGCAAAUAACGAAAGGCACCGGUAUGAGGAAAAAAGGGUGGACCCAUAUGGUAACAUCCUUCUCAGUACACUGGAGAUGAACAACGAGCUGUUGGCAACAGACAUGAUGAGCACAGUGGGAGACUCUCGAAACUCUGUCAUGUCCUUUGAAGGCUCAGGCAUCCAGUUCCGCAAACCACUAACCUCCCGAGAUGGUUUUGGACACCACCCCACCUUAGACCGCCACGUUCCCCUGGCCCAUCACUCUGCCGUCCGCAACCGUGCUAACUGCCGACUCCGCCGGCGGUCUUCGAAGCUGAAGCUCAAAAUCCCGGACCUGGCCGAUGUCAGCACCAUUGACAAAUGGUCCCGGAUCAUCUUCCCCAUCACUUUUGGAUUCUUCAAUCUGGUUUACUGGUUGUACUAUGUAAAUUGAUGCCUGACGGCCACAGAAGAAUUGGGGAAAGACACUCAAACUAUGACAACAACACAGGAGUGCUGCAGUCGUUGGGGUUUGGGUUUUUCUCUUAAUUAUGACAAAUGCUCAAGUCUCACCCCACCCACCCCCACCUUUGGUUUACAUUUGUCCUCUAUGUAUUCCCUCUCUUCAGCACAUUAUGUACACACAGAGGCUGUGUGGCGGUAACUUGGGUUUAUGGAGGGUGGAGGGGCUGGCUUUCAGGGACCAGUAGGGGCAUCAUAGUGCUUUCUUUCUCUCUCUCUCUCUCUCUCUCUUUCUUUCUUUCUUUCUUUCU